UAUCUGACGCGGAUCGGUGGUGCUGCUUGCACUGUCUGUACCCAAUGAUCUGUACGGACGAACUUCCACCAUCUUAAACUCUUUGAAAACAAACUAGGAAAAUACAAGAAUAUGCUAUUUGUCAACACUAAACGGCUUUUUAUAUAAUUAGCCCGCUUUCCAUUGAGGAUAACAUCUAAAAAACAGUCGUUUGGUUGGGGUUGCCUUUGUUUCCUGGUGAGAGAGGAGAGACUGAACUGAUGCUUCGUCGAACACCCACCUGAUCAUCAGAGCCGAUGGUAAACAUAAAAAAUGAGUAGGAUUGAACCUGAGCCGACGAUCGUCGAGGCUCACUAUUGGACCAUCGACUCAUCUAUCUGUAAGGUCCUUAUAAAUAAAGCCACGGGAUAACAUAUUAGGAUAACCAUGAAGGACCUUGAUGGACAGAACUGGAUUAAACGGUCAAUAACCAUUGGACAGAGUCUGCCAUAGGAAUAAAUUGAGGACCCAGGUACACGAACACACACACACCAUCAUUCCUGAUGGCGCUUGAGAACUCUGCUUUCACCUCGAGGCCAGAGUCCCUCUCUCUCCCCGUGGUGGAGAAAGGGGAGGUGCUGGUGAAAGAGGCUACCGAGGUGGCGGCGUCCACCGGAGUGUUUCAUGUGUCCGAGGAACUGGGCCAUGUGGUUACCACAGAUACCGCCCAGCCCUCCGCUAACAGAUCGUGGAAGUCCAAGCUGGCAGAGAGGCAGGCCAAUGCAGCAUCUGAUGAGUACGUUAAGAAGCUGCCCCGGGUGGUGGAGAAGGAGAGGGGCAGAUUUGGCUGGGCUAAGAGACGUAAGAGGCAGCGCUAUGUGGAGAAGAAUGGCAGAUGUAACGUGUCACAUGGCAACAUGAGGGAGACGUACCGUUAUCUGACAGAUAUCUUCACUACCCUGGUGGACCUCAACUGGCGCUGCUCUCUUUUCGUCUUCGUUAUGGCCUACGCCAUCACCUGGCUCUUCUUCGGAGCCAUCUGGUACCUGAUAGCUUACCUCAGAGGGGAUCUAGAUCAUCUGGAAGAUGAGACAUGGACACCGUGCGUCAACAACGUGAACGGAUUCAUCUCGGCCUUCCUCUUCUCUAUCGAGACAGAGACCACCAUUGGUUACGGCUACCGUGUCAUCACUGACCAGUGUCCAGUGGGCACCAUGCUGCUCCUGCUCCAGGCCAUACUGGGAUCUAUGGUCAAUGCCUUCAUGGUGGGCUGUAUGUUUGUGAAGAUCUCUCAGCCCAAUAAGCGUGCGGAGACCCUGGUUUUUUCUAAGAAUGCAGUGAUCUCUCUGAGAGACGACAAACUGUGUCUGAUGUUCCGGGUGGGGGACCUGCGCAGCUCCCACAUUGUAGGGGCCAACAUGAGGGCCAAACUCAUCAAGUCUAAACAGACUCAGGAAGGUGAGUUUAUCCCUCUGGACCAGACAGACAUCAGUGUGGGUUUUGAGACAGGGGACGACCGCCUGUUCCUGGUGUCUCCGCUGGUCAUCUCCCACGAGAUCGACUCCCACUCGCCCUUCUGGGACAUGUCUCAAGGCCAGCUGGAGAAAGACGAUUUCGAAAUGGUCGUCAUCCUGGAGGGAAUGGUGGAGGCCACAGGUAUGACGUGCCAGGCGCGGAGCUCUUACCUGGCAGAUGAGGUCCAGUGGGGUCACAGGUUCAGCCCUAUGAUGUCACUGGCCGAAGGGUUCUUUGACAUCGACUAUGGCGCCUUCCAUCAAACCUUUGCGGUGGGCACUCCCUCCUGCUCAGCGCACGAACUCUCAUUGGCUGCGGCCCGAUUGGAGGCUCAUCUGUAUUGGUCGAUCUCCAGUAAGUUGGAUGAAGAGAAAUGGGAGGGAUCUUCUCUAACCAACCAAUCAGGGAAGCAGCUAGACAAUGGGAAAGGAGGGGUCGUUGGCCCCACAUUUAUUGUCGGAGAGAUCACUGGAAUACAAGAGCAGUCAGGACCAGGAGAGUUGAAUGGUUGUGUCACCACUGACCAGUCAGAAUCAGAGGCCUAAAGUAGAUCUGGUGGAGUUCCAAAAUGGCACCCUAUUCCCUAUAUAGUGCAUACCUUUGACCAAAGCCCUGGUCAAAAGUUGGGCACUAAAUGGGGAAUGGUGUGCCAUUUUGGGACAUACUCUCCAUGACAUGACAGGAGGACCCACAACUAAAGUACUGAAAUUACUUUUAGCUAAUGAAUAGUAUACAGCCAUAGAACAUUUGUUCCCAAGGGAGAGAUGGGUGGUUUAAAAAGUCUCAUUGCUACUUCAUUGCUUUGUUUAAUAACACUGACUAGAAAUGACAAAUUAUAUUAAUUACAUUUUGUCUUUAAUUUCUUGGGUGAUAUUUAAUUCUUACCAUGAGUGUCUGUGCUAUACUAUAAUUAUAUUUUCUCUUCUGUUGUUAUUGCUCCGAUCAUCUCUGCCAACAUACAUUAUAUUAAUUAAUACACUGUUAUUUCAAAUAAUUAAGUAUUGACAAUUCUUAGUCAGGAAAGAGGAUGUUCAGCCAGGUAAGAUACUGGAUUGUUCAGAGACAUA